AUGAGAUCAUUAAUUCUUUUUGUUAUUCUUCUUGUUGCAUUCGCAGCCGCUCGUCCAGUCUCUGAAGAAGUAGAUCGAGUUAAGAGAGACUAUGAUCCAAGAACUGAAGCUCCAAGACGCUUGCCUGCUGAUGAUGACGAGGUUGAUGGAGAAGAUCGUGUGAAAAGAGACUACGAUCCAAGAACCGAUGCUCCAAUCCGUGUUCCAGUUGAUCCAGAAGCCGAAGGAGAGGAUCGUGUGAAGAGAGACUUGUCUUUCAGUCCAAAUACUGAAGCUCCACAACCACCACCAAAACAUCAUCCAGUUCCAAUCGAGAGUGCCAAUUGA